AUCUGAAGAUUCUUUGAAAGCACAGUUUAAGUUUCAAACCAUGUCGUUUAGUAGUCUUCAAAACCUAGGCACUAAAAAUUAAUUUCUUAUUAGUCAUGAUAUUGUAAACCUGAGAAAUUAAAUGAGGAAGGCUAUCAGUAAUAAAUGCAGGUACGCAAUAAACCAAGAUUUAGCUGUUACUUUCACAGACGGAUGGCUAUUUCAUAUGAGAACAAUGAAUUCAUUUGUGGGUGUAACAAUAGUUUUACUUGUGGCGUUGGGUGAUUUACUUCUUUUCGCCUUGGUUUAUUUAUUACACCAUCCAAACUCACAAACAACAAACAAGAGAAUAUCUUCAUACACCUUUGGAACCUCACUGUUUGACUUGGUAAUAUUAUCUUUGAUCAGAUUUUGUGUUUUGAUUGGAGCAUCAAUAGGAGUAGUUUGGAAUAAUGCUAUUGCAACGCAGAGAAUUCAAAGAUCAUCCAAGCUUAUGUUAUAUUUUGGCUGUAGCAUAACAAUCUAUGGCAUAUUAAAAAUAUUGUAUUGUACCAGCGAUAACAAAGAUAUGAGAGUCAAGGAUUGGACCUUGCUAAGCGGUACUUUAUCAUCAUGUCUCGAGAUGUAUUGCUGUUGGAAGCUGCUUUCUUGGUGCAAGUCAAAUGGGUGUACCCUCCGAAAAAAGAAUGAAUAUCUUUUUGAAGAAUAUGACAUUGGUGAAAAAAAUUGUGACGUUUUGAAAAAGGACCAAACAGACAAUAUUGGUGAAAAAGAAGUUAAAAAACUGACAACUGGAGAAACUGUCAUCAAAUUACUCAAAUUGGCAAAAAAUGACACUUGUUACAUUGUGUUAGCACUGAUAUUUCUGGUUAGCUGUUCAGUUGGUCAGAUACUGCUUCCAUUUUACACUGGUGAAAUAAUAAAUUACAUUGUCGUUGAGAAAUCCCUACAAAAAUUUAAAAUAGCUAUGCAAUAUACAGCGUUGAUUACAUUUUUUGUUGGGUUCGCUUCAGGAAUGCGUGCUGGGUUAUUUACUUUUUUGUCUGCCAGAUACGUAUUACGUUUACAGAAUUUAUUGUUUGCAAGUAUAAUGGCAAUGGAAACAGGUUUUUUUGACAUUCGUCAAACUGGGGAAAUAACUUCUCGAUUGACUUCAGAUUGCACUAAGGUUGAAAUUGGCGUCAAGUUAAAUCUUAAUGUGUUCUUAAGAAAUGUUUUUAAAAUUGCUGGCAUUCUUUUCUUUAUGAUGAAGAUAUCAUGGAAACUUAGUAUUGUUACUUUCGUUAUUAUACCAAUCACAGGUGCGAUAUCCAAUGCCUAUGGACAAAAGUACGGAAAAUUGUCGGAAAAUAUACAAAACUCGGUAGCUCAUGCAAACGAGAGUGCGGAAGAAGCUAUAUCAUCUAUAAGAACUGUAAAAACGUUUGCUGCUGAAAAAGAUGAAAUUGAGCGUUAUAUAACAAGAUUGAACGUAACUUACAACUUACGCCAAAAGGUGAGCAUUUUAGUGUUCGGUUAUCGUUGGUCAACUGAACUUGCAAAUUUAGCAAUGACGUUGCUCAUACUUUACUAUGGUGGACAUCUUGUGAUUAAAAACGAUUUAACAGGAGGGCAUUUAGUUUCGUUUAUUCUUUACAGCAGUGAACUUCGUGUUGCAGUUGAAGCAAUUGGCAAGGUAUAUACCAGUUUAAUGGAGACUGUUGGUGCCUCUAAAAUGGCUAUAGUUUACAUUGAGAGGAAACCGAUUGUUGAAAAUAAGGGUAGGCUUGCUCCUCCAUGUGGAUUUGAAGGAGAAGUUCAAUUUAAAAAUGUAACAUUUGCAUACCCGUCAAGACGUCAGACUCCAGUGUUGACAAAUUUAAAUUUUACUGCCAAGAAGGGCGAAGUUGUUGCAUUAGUUGGGCCUAGUGGUGGUGGCAAAACCACAGUGGUAAAUCUUUUGCAGCACUUUUAUGAGCCUACACAUGGAAACGUGAUGAUUGAUGGAAGAAAUGUUAAAGAGUACGAUCAUGCAUUUAUUCAUAAGCACAUGAGUUUAGUUCAACAAGAACCGGUUUUAUUUGCUAGGACCAUCGCUGAAAACAUUACAUAUGGCCUAAGCGUCCAACCCACUAUGGAAACUGUGAAACAUUAUGCAUCUCUAGCUAACGCACAUACAUUCAUCGAAGAAAUGUCUAACUCAUACGAUACUCAAACAGGAGAGAAGGGCAUCCAGUUAUCUGGUGGACAGAAGCAAAGAAUCGCCAUUGCAAGAGCUCUGAUUAGAAAUCCUUCUAUUUUAAUUCUAGAUGAAGCCACAAGUGCCCUGGAUACUGAAUCAGAAUGUAUUAUACAACAAGCAAUCAAUAAGAAUUUAUCUGGAAAAACGAUUAUUGUUAUUGCUCAUCGUUUAAGUACUGUUAAAAAAGCAGAUAAGAUUCUUGUUAUGCACAAUGGCCAAGUAGUUGAACAAGGAAAACACAAUUGCUUGAUCAAGAAAGGUGGCGUCUAUGCAGGUUUACUGAGAACGCAAUUUUCUUUGCAUAAAAGAAAAAAAAGAAAAUGAAUAUUUUGGCUUUGAAAUAUUAUGCUUUAGAUCACGUUGUGUUUGAAAGUUGCGUUGUUAUUCACAGAUAAUUUGUAACCUAACAGCUUGUAAACAGUAAUAUGUUUUUCAGAAAAUAAAUCUUGACUUGAGUUUCAUUUUUGUCAGUUCAAUAAAUCGGCAAUAGUUCUUGGUUUUUGUAUUCCUUGUAUAUAAUAUUCAGUUGACUUUUGUUGUAUGAUGUGUUGAUGUUGUUGUGAUGCUGGACAUAGCACAAUACUUUUAUUCUGGUGUUUAAGACAGUUUUGAAGUUUAAGUUAAUAAACACAACAUGAUAAAAAUUAGCUCGAAAAAGAAACAGACUUCUGUAAACUUAGAAACCAGGAGAUUCGAAUAGGAUGCCUGAAAUAUACGACUUGCAAAAAUUUGAUGCCCGACUAUUCACGAUGAUCUUACCCAUAUAUUUAUCCACGACAUAAAAUAAAGCACUUGAGGUACCAUGACGUCUUCUUAUGAAAUUCUAUUAGGCUGGGACAUGCGUCCAUAUAUACUGGCAACAUUUCUAGAAAAGUAAACCAAGGACAGUUGCAACCUCACUUCCAGGACUCUUAUCUCUUGUUGAAUAUCUGUUGCUGGGACGAAAAUUAUGGGAAUAUGGGGAAAGGUGAAUGCUAAAGAGUUCAAAAUAGUUGCCGUUUAUUUUAUUCACACUGUUAUGAAUUUUUAUCACUUUCAAUUUUAUGUUCUGUUGGGCCACAAGUUUGCGUUGACUUACUUGUUUUGACUGGCUAAAUACGCGAUAUUGAAGAUGAAAUGUGAGGUAGCUUUUUAUUUAGAGCGGAUGUGAACACGAAGGUGCGGACAACCAUGUUUGCAUGGGGAAGGGAGCAUUACUUUCUUGCUGAGAAGUAAUUAUUUAUGAUUGAUUUCUUUUCAAAUUGCAGGAAAUGUAAACAGUAUAGUUUUUAUGACUAAUAUAAAGUUCAUCAACUUACGCUGCGGGAAAUUUUAUGUUUUCUGCAAAUCUGUGAAAAGACA